AUGACGCGCAUCGAGUGGUCAGCGUCCAGCAAGAUCCAUCGCAGCAUCUCCCACUGUCGUACCACGGACAUUGACUCGCGACAACGUCCGAGCGAGCCGCAACAAGCCUCACCACCGACACUACUACAACCCAACUUUUUUUCCUUCCCUCUCUCCCUCACCACCACAAUGUCCUUCCGCCAGCCCUUGCGCUGCUGCCGCACCGGUCUCCAGACCGCGCGCGUCAACGCCGCGUGCCGCGCACCUGCUGCCCGCGCAUACUCGUCGCAGCAGUCCAACCCGGCCUCGGUCGGCAAGCUCGCCGGCCUUGCCGUGUCGUCGGCCGCCGUCGCCUUCUCCCUCACCAUGGCGUACAACUACUACAAGCGCCCCGACAACGUCGCCAAGCUCGACAUGGUGCCCAACGUCGUGGCUAUCGAGACUGGCGGCGAGAAUUGGGACCCCGUCCAUGCCCGCGAGCAAGACGACGCCCAGAACCCCAUGCGUAUCCGCAUGGCGACGUGGGUCACCAACAUGCAGGACCAUAUUGUCAAGGGCCUGGAGAGUCUGGAGGCCGCCGCGCCCCCCGACGGAGAGCACCCCCCCGCGACGUUCUUUAGGGACCACUGGAUCCGGCCGAGCGGAGGCGAGGGGUCGUCGUGUGUGCUUUCUGGCGGACGGGUGUUUGAGAAGGCGGGCGUGAACGUUUCGAUUGUCGAGGGCAAGCUGUCCAAGGCUGCGCAGGCGCAGAUGCGCAACGACCACGACUCGAUCCCUCUCUCCGACGAGCCGCUGCCCUAUUUCGCGACGGGUGUGUCGAUCGUCAUCCACCCCCGCAACCCCCACGCGCCAACAACGCACCUCAACUACCGCUACUUUGAGCUCGCAAACCCCAAGGACCCCAACGGCGAGCCCCUGGCGUGGUGGUUUGGCGGCGGCGCCGACCUGACCCCCAACUACUUCUACGAGGAGGACGCGGUCCACUUCCACCAGAUGCUCAAGGACGCGUGUGACAAGCACGACGCGGCCUACUACCCCACUUACAAGAAGUGGUGCGACAAGUACUUCUACCUUCCCCACCGUGGCGAGACGCGCGGCAUCGGCGGCAUCUUCUUCGACGACCUGACCACCUCGUCGUCGAUCCACGGAGACAAGAAGCCCAGCCGCGACGAGAUCUUCGAGUUUGUCAAGUCGGCGUCUAGUGCCUUCCUCCCCGCGUACCUCCCCAUUGUCCAGCGUCGCCACACGCAAAAGUAUGACGACCUCCAGCGCAGGUGGCAGCUUGUCCGCCGCGGCCGCUACGUCGAGUUCAACCUGCUCUAUGACCGCGGAACAAAGUUCGGCCUCAACAUCCCCGGCGCGCGUGUCGAGUCCAUCCUCAUGUCCUUGCCAGAAGUCGCACGGUGGGAGUACAUGACUCCUCUGGGUGCCCAGGGCUCGGGCACCCGUGAGGAGGAGCUCAUCAACGUGCUCAAGACAACGCACGACUGGAUCAAGUAGACAAAAAGGCAACGAGGGUGGAGCGAGGUCGAUAGAUAGAAGGCAGCAUAGUAUCCGUAUCUCUGCAUCAUAUGGUCUAUU